UCUAAACAAUGUAUCAUAUGUGCUUUUUGGAAUAAUAGGGACAAUCUAUUUAAAAUGAAUGUACUUUAACACUAACUAAGAAGUGUUGAUAUAUUGGAUACGUUAAGUUUUAGUUAUGUAUUUGUAAAAGUUGUCAUUUCGUCGAAAAGAGUUGUCGUGUGAAUAAGGCAAUGCCAACAGUCGGUUGUAAAGUGUUUGAGAAGCGUAUUUUCCUCUUCUUCAAGUUUGCUAUAUGCUUUACUAUUAGCAGUUCUUUUAGUUUUAGGCAUAAUUAUGUUGUUGCCAUUAAAUCUGAUAUUAGGCACACAACAGUUAUGUCUUCGAAAAGUGACACUUUUCAUCAGCAGCAUUUCCUAAGACCUGAUGCUAUCCAAGUCUUGCAGCCUCUUCCUCCAAUCACUGAAGGAGAUUUAGGCUCCAGAUUAACUCUACAUUGUAAGGUGAGUGGGUAUCCUCAGCCAAAAUUGACGUGGCUGAAAGAUGGGCAACGGCUAACACCUGACCUUAGUUGGCAACCAAAACAAGGCCACACAUUACUAGUGUCAGCUGGAUUGAGUGCCGUGGAUGCAGGAAACUACACUUGCAUGGCCGACAGUUACCAUAGCCAUCAAACACUCAGUACAAUACUGAUUAUCAGAACCCCACCAGGCAAACUAACCAAUGUGACCGUACAUCCAUCAACAGUUGUUGCCACAGUUCGUUGGCAUCUUACUAGUGAUGGAGGGUAUCCAGUCACACAUUUUACUCUGCUUUAUUACCCCUUGGUUUCUUCUAGCAAUAGGUCUGGGCAUCUCCCACUUCCUGUACACAUAAGUCCAUCUACUAGACAGUUCUUUAUUUACCACCUACAGCCAGGGACAGAGUAUGUGUUUAGAAUUUGGGCUACCAAUAGACUAGGACCUGGAGAGGCUUCUACUGUACAGGCAGCUACAGUUAAACCCAUGGAUCCUCCCCAACUCGUGGAGUAUUUCACCCGGUUUAAAAGUCAAGAUUUCACCUCUUCCAUCUGGAUGAUUGUAGUUUCCUUAGUGAUUGCUUUUGUUCUGCUCUUGUCGGUUUUGAGUUGUAUAUUGAUCUACAAGGAUGAGCAUAAUGAAAUUCCAGAUGACAUUGAUGAUCUCCCAAAAAUCACCUCUAACCCAGGAUUUGGAAUUGACUUGGAAGAAAGUUAUCUUCUGGAACAGGUUGACUUUAAUGCCAACAUAGAAGUAAGGACCACCAACAAUAAAACAGUAGUGCAACCUUCUCAAGUGUGAAUGAAACUAGCGCUUAGACGUUAUUGCCAAAACCAGUCUUAUAUCUUAGUAAACUCUCUUUUUGUGAUAUGUGUAUCUCUGUUACCUGCAAAACUCAGUAACAACUUUUUGAGUUGAUAAGUGGCUUAUUUGAUUGUGCAUAUUAUAAUUAUUGCUUGAUUUUUUUUUUAGAAUAC